GCCCUGCCUCUCAGAAGAUGCACUAUUACAGAUACUCCAAUGCUGAGGUCAGCUGCUGGUACAAGUAUCUCCUGUUCAGCUACAACAUCAUCUUCUGGUUGGCUGGAGUUGUCUUCCUUGGAGUCGGGCUGUGGGCAUGGAGCGAAAAGGGUGUGCUGUCCGACCUCACUCGAGUGACCCGGCUACACGGCAUCGACCCGGUGGUGCUGGUCCUGAUGGUGGGCGUGGUGAUGUUCACACUGGGCUUUGCUGGCUGUGUGGGGGCCCUGCGGGAGAACAUCUGCCUGCUCAAGUUUUUUUGCGGUGCCAUCGUACUCAUCUUCUUCCUGGAACUGGCCGGUGCUGUGCUGGCCUUCCUAUUCCAGGACUGGGUGAGGGACCGCUUCCGGGAGUUCUUCGAGAGCAACAUCAGAUCCUAUCGGGAUGACAUAGACCUGCAGAACCUCAUCGACUCCCUGCAGAAAGCUAACCAUUGCUGUGGGGCGUACGGCCCCGAGGACUGGGACCUCAAUGUGUACUUCAACUGCAGUGGUGCCAGCUACAGCCGCGAGAAGUGUGGGGUGCCCUUCUCCUGCUGCGUGCCGGACCCUGCGCAAAAAGUUGUGAACACACAGUGUGGAUAUGAUGUCAGGAUUCAGCUGAAGAGCAAGUGGGAUGAAUUCAUCUUCACAAAAGGCUGUAUCCCGGCCCUGGAGGGCUGGCUGCCGAGGAACAUCUACAUCGUGGCUGGCGUCUUCCUCGCCAUCUCACUCUUGCAGAUUUUUGGCAUCUUCCUGGCGAGGACCCUGAUCUCAGACAUUGAGGCAGUAAAGGCCGGUCACCACUUCUGAGGAGCCUAGCCUCAUUGUGGAGGUCAGGCCUUCAGUGUCACUAGCCUGUGCUAGCAGGGGAGGAUCCAAAGCCAACAACCACUCGAGCCAGCACCAUCUUCUGCAGCAGCGUGACCUCUCUGCUCCUGGUUGCUGGUGCUGAAGACCCAGGAGCCCUGCAACAAGCCUGGAAUCCAGACCACAACGCUGCUCCACCCAAUGGACAACGUGUCUUCCCAUGUGGUGGUGACUCUGAGGGACAGAUGGGAGCCCUGUGGCUGCACAGAGGGCUUUACUCCAGCCAAGUCCACUUGAAGCGAGCCUGAGCCAGGCAUGACUGGGACCCGGCAGCCCCUGCGUGAGGGAGGCGAGAGCAGCCUCUGUGUCUGCAGCAUUAAAUCCAGGGGACCAGGCGGGCUGGGGCCUGGCCCUUCUGGGAGCCGCUCUUCUGCCACUAGUGUACAUAGUUUAUUUAUAGCAGUCAGAAUGUCCUCACAGCAGGCCUGCCUGUCCUCCUCCUUUCCUCGGGCAUCCUCCUCUCAGCAGCCUUACACGGUGUCCCUGGAGUGUCUCAGAGCCACCCACAUGGCCUCUUCAGUCCACACUGUCACCUUCCGCUGUGGCCCCACACCCUUCGCCACCCCUCUUGGCCUCACUGUCUCCUGGUCUUGGUGCUACUGAAACUGUCACCCAGAACUUGAAUCCUGACCUUGCCUCUGGCACCCCAAAGAGCCCCAGCCCCAGGAGGCCCACAGAGACCUUCCCCAGCUGUCACAGCCACACUGCCCAAUGGAUGUGCACUUCUGGGAGAGGGACACUGCCCUAGGGCCAGGCCACUCAUGCUGGGAAGCUUGGGGCAUUUCAUUCCUAAAUGUCAUGGUGACUCCCUGCCGGUUAUCUGUGGUCUCGUGUUCACCCUUCCUGUUCCGGCCACCUGGGGCUUGCUCUGCAGUACCCUGGGCCUCCAUCAUUCUUGGCUGGGCUCCAGCGCUUUCCAGGCCCUGCCCUCCCAGGCUGAGGGCCAAGUCGCCUGCCACAGUGUACAUGCUCAUGUGGUGCAUACUGGUGAUGCUGUGGGUGUUUGUUGAUGAUGAUGACGAUGUUAUAAUUUUUGUUUUCUGGUUUCUCGUUUUUACAAUUCUCUGUAGACUAGAGGAAGACGAAUGCUGUGUUUUUAGGAAGUGUAAAGCUCCUCUUUGACUGCCAGACUCUUUUAUGGAAUAUAUCUUUAUAUUAAUGCUC